AUGCAUGCAUCACAAAAAUAUCAAGGAUACAUGAAAAUUGGCGAAGUUUUACAUGUCGAAGGACCGUAUAUUUGUCUGGAAGCAUUGCGUAAAGCAGUUAAGAAAUUACAAGAACGUCAUCCUACUCUACGAAGUCGCCUUCAAAGAAAUCCUCAGAAAGCUAACAGUUAUUUCUUAGAAGAAGAUGAAACACUUGAAUUGAAGAUUAUCGAAAUAGAACGAAAACGAUGUGAUCAUCUGACAUUUUGGAAAAAAGAAUGGCGACAACGAGAAAAAUCAACAACAGCAAUUGGUCAAGGUUUAGCUGAAUUGUGGCUUUUACAGGAUCCACAAGAUAAAGAUGAUAUUUCUAGUCCAAGAGAAAUUGUAUUUAUUUGUGAACAUAGUAUUUGUGAUGCUUUAUCAUUGAAUAAUGCUGCACAUGAACUUCUCAUCGGUUUAUCUCAUGAAAAUCAUCAAAUUUUUGCUAAAUCAUUAGAUUGGCCAAUAACUAUGGAAACAGCAAUACGAACAAGCCUCUCGCGAUCAAAUAGAACGUUAUCACUUGUUAAACUCAUUAUUCGAGCUUUAAGCACACGUGUAACAACAAGUCGAUCGAAAAUAGCAAAAAUACCCUUAGGGAAUGUUGAUAUUGCAUUAGGCGACAUGGCCAAUCUUUGUCAUACAGAAACUUGUUAUGCUAUAUUAAACAAAGAACAAACACAACAAUUAAUUGAUAAAUGUCGUCAAGAGAAGGUAACUAUUACAUCUACUGUUUGUAGUGCUAUUCUAUGUGCAAUUAAUGCAUUAAUCAAUGCUGAUGGACAAGCUGAAUCAAGUCUUAUGGAAUUAUCUAUGACAGCUGAUACUCGUCGACGAUAUGUACCACCUAUUGGCAAUCAUGAUUUAUGUAAUCAUGUAUCAAGUAUGAUACCAUUCGUUGUGUCAACCAGAGAUAUGUUAACGAGAUACACUGAUCUAUGGCAACUUGCACGAACAUUUGGAGGACAUACAAAGAAAUGUAUUGAUGAUAAUCAAAUUCUUGCUCUUGGUAUCAUUAUUGGAAGAAUGUUUUCAAAGAGUUUAAAUUCGCCUAAAGCUGCUGAUUUUCCUACUUGUGGUAUAUCGAGUUGGGGAAUAUUACCAUUUGAUGAACAAUACGGACAAUGGAAAUUUGAAGGAAUGACUCCAAUUAUUAAUAUGGUUCAAGGUUUUAUGCCUUUUAUUACAAUUCAAACUGUUAAUGGAAUAUUAUCAAUUAUGUUCUCAGGUCCUCAUCCUGUUAUUCCUUUCAAUGUUCUCGAACAAUUACGUCAAUCGACAAUAGACAAACUCUUAUCUUUACUGUAG